CCCCAACCCCACAACCCCUUGACAUGCAACCUGCUUUGGGAUGGGACAAGACGGGAUGCAGCUGCGGCUUUAGAAGGAACUGGGGAAAACUGGGGAUCUUUGCUCUCAUGACGGUGGAAGUGAGCUACUGGAGCCGGGUUCUGCUGCUCUCUGUGGGGCUCUUGGUUGUAUCAGCAACCGCCCAGAACUGCAGUCACAUUUUGCAAGGCCCAAACGGGACGAUACAGAGUCCGGGAUUUCCGUAUGGCUACCCAAAUUAUGCAAACUGCACGUGGACAAUCACUGCUGAGGAGCAGAACAGGAUACAGCUCGUGUUCCAGUCUUUCGCAUUAGAGGAAGAUUUUGAUGUACUAUCCGUCUAUGAUGGACUGCCACAGCAGGGGAAUCUGAGAACCAGGUUAACGGGUUUCCAGCUUCCUGCUCCUAUUGUCAGUACAGGGGUUGUGCUGUCUUUAUGGCUCGUGAGUGAUUAUGCUGUAAGUGCCCAAGGCUUCCAGGCAAACUAUGAAGUUUUACCGAGUCAUACAUGCGGAAAUCCAGGAAGACUCCAGAACGGGAUCCAACAAGGGACAACAUUCAGCAUUGGAGACAAAGUGAGAUAUAGCUGCAACCCGGGCUUCUUUUUGGAGGGGCAUGCAUUACUCACAUGCCACGCCAGUUCGGAAAACAGCGCCUCCUGGGAUUUCCCACUGCCCUUCUGCAGAGCUGAUGAUGCUUGUGGAGGGACAUUACGGGGACAGAGUGGAAUUAUCUCAAGCCCUCAUUUUCCAUCAGAGUACAGCAACAAUGCAGACUGUACGUGGACUAUUCUAGCGGAGCCUGGAGACACCAUUGCCUUGGUUUUCAUGGAUUUCCAGUUAGAAGAUGGAUAUGACUUUUUAGAAGUCACUGGAACGGAGGGAUCAUCACUCUGGUUUACCGGAAUGAAUCUGCCUGCCCCGGUAAUCAGCAGUAAAAACUGGCUGCGACUCCACUUCACAUCCGAUGGCAACCACAGGCAAAAGGGGUUCAGCGCACAAUAUCAAGAUGGGAAACUGAGGCACAGAGAAAUUAAUGCCCUUACUCAAGGCCACAGAGGGGAAGUCAGAAGUAGAGUCAAGAAGCAAAUUGAGCUGAAGUCCCGAGGAGUGAAGCUAAUGCCCAGCAAAGACAAUAACCAGAAGACAUCAGUGUUAACUCAGGUUGGUGUGUCCCAGGGACAUAAUAUGUGUCCAGACCCUGGGAUUCCAGAGAGAGGCAAAAGAAUAGGCAACGAUUUUAGGUUAGGAUCCAGCAUCCAGUUCACCUGCAAUGAAGGCUAUGAUUUACAAGGGUCCAAAAGCAUCACCUGCAAGAGAGUGAGCGACAUGAUUGCUGCUUGGAGUGAUCAGCGGCCAGUGUGCAGAGCCAGGAUGUGCGAUACAUACCUCCGUGGCCCCAGCGGAGUGAUAACUUCUCCCAACUACCCUGUACAGUAUGAUAACAAUGCCUACUGUGUAUGGGUGAUCACGGCCCUCAAUCCAGCCAAGGUUAUCAAACUCACAUUUGAAGAAUUUGAAUUGGAGCGAGGAUACGACACGCUGACAGUGGGUGAUGGAGGGGAAGCUGGAGACCAGAAAACUGUGCUCUAUGUUUUGACAGGCUCGACGGUUCCCGAUCUGAUUGUCAGCACGCACCACCAGAUGUGGCUUCUUUUCCAGACAGACAGCGUCAGCAACUUACUCGGCUUCAAAGCCACCUACGAAGAAAUUGACCAGGGGAGUUGCGGCGAUCCCGGGGUGCCAGCCUACGGCAAGAGAGAAGGGUCAACGUUUCGCCAUGGGGACACUUUGAAGUUUGAAUGCCAGCCUGCCUUUGAGUUGAAGGGCCAGAAAACAAUUACCUGCCAAAAGAGUAGCCAGUGGUCCGCUCAGAAACCAGUCUGUGUUUUUUCCUGCUUUUUCAACUUCACCACCCCAGCCGGGAUUGUCCUCUCGCCAAACUACCCUGAAGAAUACGGAAGCAGCUUGCACUGCGUUUGGUUAAUUAUAGCUAAGCCCGAGAGCCGGAUUCACUUGGCUUUCAAUGACUUUGAUGUGGAGCCUCAGUUUGAUUUCCUAGCUGUGAAAGAUGGCGGGACAGCUGAAUCCCCCGUGCUGGGGACCUUCUCAGGGAACCAGAUCCCUUCCUCGCUGACCAGCAGCGGUCACGUAGCCAGGCUGGAGUUCCAGACAGACCACUCCAUGGAGAAAAGGGGCUUCAACAUCACCUUCACCACUUUCAGGCACAAUGAAUGCCCUGACCCUGGAGUGCCGGUCAAUGGAAAGAGAUUCGGUGACAGCCUUCAACUGGGCAGCUCUGUCUCCUUCCUGUGUGACGAAGGCUUCAUACGGACACAUGGGUCAGAAACCAUCACCUGCAUCUUGAAGGAAGGAAAUGUAGUUUGGAACAAUGCGGUGCUGAGAUGUGAAGCUCCGUGCGGUGGGCACCUGACUUCUCUGAGUGGAAUGAUCCUGUCCCCAGGCUGGCCUGGUUUCUACAAGGACUCUCUAAACUGCGUGUGGGUCAUAGAGGCUCAACCAGGAUAUCCCAUCAAAAUUACAUUUGACAGGUUUAAGACCGAAGUGAACUACGACACCCUGGAGGUGCGAGACGGCAGGUCGUACUCUUCCCCACUGAUAGGUGUAUAUGAUGGAACUCAAGUGCCCCAGUUCCUCAUUAGCACAAGCAACUACCUCUACCUCCUCUUCACCACCGACAAAAGCCACUCCGACAUCGGCUUUCAGAUCCGAUAUGAAACUGUGAAGCUCCAGUCCGACCAUUGUUUGGACCCUGGGAUUCCUGUGAACGGACAACGCCACGGGAAUGAUUUCUAUGUUGGAGCACUGGUGACAUUCAGCUGUGACUCGGGGUACACCCUGAGCGACAAUGAAGCCCUGGAGUGUGAGCCGAACUUCCAGUGGAGCAGGCCUCUACCAAGCUGCGAGGCUCUCUGUGGAGGUUACAUUCGUGGCUCCAGUGGCACCAUCUUAUCUCCAGGUUUCCCUGAUUUCUACCCAAAUAACUUGAACUGCACUUGGACCAUAGAGACUUCUCAUGGGAAAGGUGUAUUCUUCACCUUUCACACCUUUCACUUGGAGAAUGGCCACGACUACCUGCUAAUCACCGAAAACGGCAGCUUCACCCAGCCUCUGAAACAGCUCACUGGAUCCCGCCUGCCGGCCCCGCUCAGCGCUGGGCUCUUUGGAAACUUCUCUGCUCAGAUUCGCUUCAUCUCAGACUUCUCCAUGUCCUAUGAGGGAUUCAACAUUACCUUCUCAGAGUAUGACCUGGAGCCUUGCGAUGAGCCCGAGGUCCCAGCCUACAGCAUCAGGAAGGGCCUACAGUUUGGUGUGGGGGACAUGCUGACCUUCUCCUGCUUCCCCGGCUACAGACUGGAGGGCGUUUCACGCAUCACCUGCCUGGGGGGUAGACGGCGUGUGUGGAGUUCGCCUCUGCCAAGGUGUGUUGCUGAAUGCGGUUCAUCUGUAACUGGAACACAGGGUGUUUUGCUAUCUCCCAACUAUCCAAUAAACUACAAUAACAACCACGAAUGCAUUUACUCCAUCCAGACCCAGCCAGGAAAGGGGAUCCAGCUGAAAGCCAGGACUUUUGAACUGGAGGCAGGGGAUGUUCUUAAGGUCUAUGAUGGUAGCAAUAAUUCUGCUCGCCUACUGGGCUCCUUUAGCCGCUCCGAGAUGCUGGGCACGAGUAUAAACAGCACUUCCAGCAGCAUGUGGCUUGAGUUCAUCACCAACAGCGAGAACACAAGUAAAGGCUUUGAACUACAGUUUUCAAGUUUCGAGCUCAUUAAAUGCGAGGAUCCCGGCAUCCCCCAGUUUGGCUACAAGGUCCACGACGAGGGACAUUUUGCAGGCAGCUCCGUGUCUUUUAAUUGUGAUCCUGGCUACACGUUAAGAGGCAGCAGGGCGCUCGUCUGCUUGAUGGGUGAACGCAGAGCUUGGGACCAACCACUGCCAGUGUGUGUAGCUGAGUGCGGGGGCACUAUCCGAGGAGAUUCAUCUGGGAGGAUAUUGUCUCCGGGGUAUCCCACUCCCUACGAUCACAACCUCAACUGCAUUUGGACAGUCGAGGCCGAAGCUGGUUGCACAAUAGGGCUCCAUUUCAUUGUUUUCCACACGGAAGAAUUCCACGACGUCCUGCGAAUAUGGGACGGUCCGGUGGAGAACGGGAUCCUCUUAAAGGAGAUAAGUGGCUCCAGCUUGCCCAACGAUGUCCACAGCACCUUUAACUCCGUCAUCCUUCAGUUCAAUACCGACUUCUUCACCAGCAAGCAGGGCUUCGCCAUUCAGUUCUCGGUUUCCACUGCCACAUCCUGCAAUGACCCAGGGAUUCCUCAGAACGGGACCCGGAGCGGAGACAGCAAAGAAGCCGGUGACUCCAUCGUCUUCCAGUGUGACCCAGGAUAUGCCUUGCAGGGGGAGGCCAAAAUCACCUGCGUGCAGAUCGAGAAUAGGUUCUUCUGGCAGCCAGACCCUCCCUCCUGCAUAGCUCCCUGCGGAGGGAUUUUGACGGGACCAUCAGGAGUCAUUUUGUCACCACAGUAUCCAGAGCCCUAUCCCCCGGGGAAGGAGUGUGACUGGAAGUUGACUGUCUCUCCUGAUUACGUCAUUGCCCUGGUAUUUAAUACGUUUAAUCUGGAGCCCGGGUAUGACUUCCUUCACAUCUACGACGGGCCGGAUUCACUCAGCCCCCUGAUCGGGAGCUUCUACGGGUCCCAGCUGCCCGAGAGGAUUGAGAGCAGCAGCAACAGCCUGUUCCUGGCUUUCCGAAGCGACGCCUCUGUGAGCAAUGCGGGAUUCAUCAUCGAUUAUACAGAAAACCCCAGGGAGUCGUGCUUUGACCCUGGAUUGAUUAAGAAUGGUACCCGAGUGGGCACAGAUCUGAAACUCGGGUCGACAAUCACCUACUACUGCGACGGAGGCUAUGAGAUCGAAGGCGUCUCCACCCUGACAUGCAUAAUGGGAGGGGAUGGGAAGCCUGUCUGGAACAAACCUCGACCAACUUGUACAGCACCUUGCGGUGGCCAGUACACAGGGUCAGAUGGAGUAGUCCUGUCUCCAAAUUAUCCCCAGAAUUAUACCAGUGGACAAAUCUGCCUCUAUUUUGUCGUUGUGCCAAAGGACUAUGUGGUCUUCGGGCAGUUUGCCUUCUUUCAGACGGCACUUAAUGACGUUAUAGAGGUGCAUGAUGGACCGAACCAGCACGCCCGACUCCUCAGCUCGCUCUCCGGCUCCCACACAGGUGAAUCAUUGCCCUUAGCCACCACCAAUCAAAUCCUCAUCAAAUUCAGCGCCAAGGGUCAAGCCACUGCCAAAGGGUUUCAUUUUGUCUACCAAGCGGUUCCUCGCACCAGUGCCACGCAGUGCAGCUCCGUCCCUGAACCGCGCUACGGCAGGAGGAUAGGCAGCGAUUUCUCCGUUGGAGCGAUCAUCCGAUUCGAGUGCAGCGCCGGAUACGCUCUGCAGGGAUCCCGGAGCAUCGAGUGCCUGACGAUGCCCGGAGCGCUAGCUCAGUGGAACGUCUCUGUGCCGACCUGCGUGGUGCCUUGUGGUGGAAAUUUGACUGAGCGCAAGGGUACCAUCCUUUCUCCUGGCUUCCCUGAGCCUUACCUAAAUAGCCUCAACUGCGUGUGGAAGAUAACAGUCCCUGAAGGCGCGGGAAUCCAGAUUCAAGUCAUCAGCUUCGUUACUGAGCAGAACUGGGAUUCCUUGGAAGUGUUUGACGGAGGGGAUAAUACUGCCACCAUGUUGGGUAGUUUCUCUGGUACCACAGUGCCAGCAUUGCUGAACAGCACCUCGAAUCAGCUCUAUCUGCAUUUCUACUCGGACAUCAGCGUGUCUGCUGCCGGUUUUCACCUGGAGUACAAAACGGUUGGCCUGUCCAGCUGUCCAGAACCGGCAGUGCCUGGGAACGGUCUGAAGAUUGGAGAGAGGUACUUGGUCAAUGAUGUCGUCUCCUUUCAGUGUGAACCGGGCUACGCACUCCAGGGGCACUCUCACAUUUCCUGCAUGCCGGGGACUGUUCGACGCUGGAACUAUCCACCUCCACUUUGCAUAGCUCAGUGCGGUGGGACCGCAGAAGAGAUGGAAGGAGUGCUCCUGAGCCCUGGGUUCCCAGGAAACUACCCCAGCAACAUGGAUUGCAGCUGGAGGAUAUCCCUGCCAGUGGGGUUUGGAGCGCACAUCCAGUUCCUGAACUUCUCCACCGAGCCGAACCAUGACUUUGUUGAAAUCCGAAACGGGCCCUACGACACCAGUAACGUGAUCGGCAGGUUCAGCGGCACUGAAAUCCCGGGCUCCCUGCUGUCGACGUCCCAUGAAACUACCGUCUACUUCCACAGCGACCACUCACAAAACAAGCCAGGGUUUAAGCUGGAGUACCAAGCUUAUGAGCUGCAGGAGUGUCCUGACCCUGAGCCUUUUGCAAACGGUGUCGUUAGGGGAGCUGGUUACAACGUUGGCCAAUCCAUAUCUUUUGAGUGCCUUCCUGGAUACCAACUGAUUGGCCACCCUGUCCUGACAUGUCAGCAUGGCACCAAUAGAAAUUGGGACCACCCUCUGCCCAGGUGUGAAGUCCCCUGCGGAGGAAACAUCACCAUGCAGAAUGGCACCAUCUACUCCCCGGGGUUCCCCAACCAAUACCCCAACUCCCAGGAUUGCACCUGGAUCCUCACAGUCCCUGUAGGAUAUGGGAUACACCUCAACUUCACCCUGCUGCAAACAGAGCCUUACAAUGACUUCAUCACUGUCUGGGAUGGGCCACAGCAAACAGCCCCACAGCUGGGUGUGUUCACUGGGAACUCAGCAAAGAAAUCCACCCAAAGCUCCUCCAAUCAGAUCCUGAUGAAAUUCCACAGCGAUGCAGCCAACGGUGGAAUAUUUGCCAUCUAUUUCUACGCCUAUCAGCUCUCCAGGUGCCAUCGUCCAACCAUUGUUCCCAAUGCUGAAAUCAUCACGGCGAAUGAAGAAUUUAACAUAGGUGACAUUGUGAGAUACAGAUGUCUCCCUGGUUUUACUUUGGUUGGAAAUGAAAUCCUGACCUGCAAGCUAGGCACUCAUCUCCAGUUCGAAGGUCCUCCACCCACCUGUGAAGUCCACUGCCCGAUGAAUGAGGUUCUGACGGACUCCACUGGUGUGAUCCUCAGCCAAAGCUUCCUGGGAAGUUACCCUCAUUUCCAGACCUGUUCCUGGGUGGUCAAAGUGGAGCCCGGAUACAACAUCUCCCUGAUCAUUGAGUACUUCCUGAGCGAGAAGCAGUAUGACGAGUUUGAGAUCUUUGACGGUCCGUCUGGCCAGAGUGCACUGCUGCUAUCUCUAAGUGGAAAUUACUCUGCUCCUCUGAUGGUCACCAGUACUGGAAAUAGGGUCUACCUCCGCUGGUCCUCCGACCAUGCCUACAACAGAAAGGGCUUUAAAAUCCGCUACUCCGCUCCAUACUGCAGCCUUCCUCCACCCCCUCUCCACGGCUCGAUUCUCAGCCAAGCUGGGAUGCUGCCAGGCAGUACCAUCCGAUUCGGCUGCGAUGCAGGCUACCGUCUCGUUGGCCACAGCGUCGCCACCUGCUUGCGGCACCCUCAAGGCUAUUACCACUGGAAUGAAGCCAUCCCUCUGUGUCAAGCUGUCUCCUGCGGAGUGCCCAGACCACCCAAGAACGGGAUUGUCUUCGGCAAGGAGUACACUGUUGGUACCAAAGCCAUCUACCAUUGUAACCAGGGCUUCCACCUGCAGGCAGGGGAAGACUUCACCACAGAGUGUCUCCCGACAGGGCAGUGGAGUAAUAGCAACACCCCUCCACCUUGUGUGGCUGUCACGUGCCCCGAUAUCAACAGCAUCGCAGUGGAGCACGGCAGGUGGAGGCUGACUUAUGAGAUCCAGUACCAAUACAACGCCCAGCUCAUGCUGAUCUGUGACCCGGGAUACUACUACACGGGCCAGCGUGUCAUCAAGUGCCAGGCCAAUGGGACGUGGAGCAUAGGGGAUCCUAUGCCAACCUGUAAAAUUAUCUCUUGUGGAGACUUGCCUACACCCCCAAAUGGGAACAAGAUUGGGACUCUAACCGACUAUGGCGCUACGGCCAUCUUCUCUUGCAAUACCGGCUACACCCUGGUAGGGUCACGUGUGCGGGAAUGCAUGGCUAACGGACUGUGGAGCGGAGCGGAAGUGAAAUGCUUGGCUGGGCACUGCGGCUUGCCUGACCCCAUUGUCAAUGGGCAGAUCAAUGGUGAGAACUACAACUACCGAGGCAGCGUAGUGUACCAGUGCAACCCUGGCUUCCGCCUCAUUGGGAUGUCUGUGAGGAUCUGCCAGCAGGACCACCACUGGUCUGGAAAGACUCCUGUCUGUGUGCCCAUCACCUGUGGCCACCCCGGCAACCCAGCCAAUGGCCUGACGCAGGGGACUCAGUUCAACCUGAACGACGUGGCCAAGUUUGUCUGCAACACUGGAUACCACUUGGAAGGGUCUUCCCAGUCACAGUGUCUGGCCAACGGCCAGUGGAGCAACUCCCUGCCCCCCUGCCGCAUUGUAAACUGUACUGACCCCGGGCACCUGGAAAACAGCAUCCGUCAAGUGCAGCCAAGUGGGCCUCACAGAUUCAGCUUUGGAACAACUGUCUCAUAUCAGUGCAGCCAUGGAUAUUACUUAUUGGGCACACAUGUACUUACCUGUCAGGGGGAUGGCACUUGGGACAGGCCCCUCCCUCAGUGUCUCUUGGUCUCCUGUGGCCACCCCGGGUCCCCACCCCAUGCCCAGAUCUCGGGGGAUAAGCACACGGUCGGCUCCGUGGUCCGUUACAGCUGCCUGGGGAAGCGGAUUCUGACUGGCAACUCGACCCGUAUGUGCCAGCUGGAUGGGCGCUGGAGCGGCUCUCUUCCUCACUGCUCAGGAGGCAGCCAGGGAGUGUGUGGUGACCCAGGGAUCCCAUCCCAUGGCAUCGGACUGGGGGAUGAAUUUGGCGUGGAUAGCAUGGUUCGAUUCAGCUGUGAGCCGGGCUAUUUGCUACGGGGCUCCUCGGAGAGGAUCUGUCAAGCCAACGGCUCCUGGAGUGGCACCCAGCCAGAAUGUGAAGUUGUAUCUUGUGGAAACCCAGGAACUCCCAGCAACGCGAGAGUCAUGUUUAAUGAUGGCUUGGUUUUCUCCAGCUCCAUUAUAUAUCAGUGUCGGGAAGGGUAUUAUUCUACAGGGGUGCUGAGCAGGCACUGUACUGUCAAUGGGACCUGGACUGGGACCACUCCAGAGUGUACAGUGAUAAACUGUGGUGACCCGGGUGUGCCAGCCAACGGCAUUAGGCUAGGAAAUGACUUCACCUACAAUAAAACGGUAGUAUUUCAGUGCACCCCUGGCUACAUGAUGGAGUCAGACAGAGCAUCCUCUCUGACCUGCACAAAAGACCGGACCUGGAAUGGCUCCAAGCCUGUCUGCAAGGCUAUCAUCUGCAAAUCCCCUCAAGCCCUCCCCAACGGAAAAGUUGUGGGCUCUGAUUUUAGCUGGGGUUCGAGCGUGAGCUAUGCCUGCCUGGAAGGAUACCAGCUCUCUCUCCCUGCUGUCCUGACCUGCGAAGGGAACGGGACCUGGAGCGGAGAAAUCCCGCAGUGCUUUCCUGUGUUUUGCGGUGAUCCUGGGAUACCGGCUCAAGGCAGGAGAGAGGACAGAGGGUUCACGUACCGCUCAUCGGUCUCCUUCUCCUGCCUGGCCCCGCUGGUGCUGGUGGGGUCAGCUCGGCGGUUCUGCCAGUCGGACGGGACGUGGAGUGGAACCCAGCCCAGCUGCAUAGAUCCUACUCUCACCACAUGUGUGGAUCCUGGUGUGCCUCUCUUUGGGAUGCAGAACAGCUCCCAAGGUUAUCAGGUGGGAAGCAUUAUAUUCUUCAAGUGCCAGAAGGGUUACCUGCUCCAAGGAUCCACCACCAGAACGUGUCUCCCCAACCUGACGUGGAGCGGAGCGCAGCCUGACUGUGUCCCUCACCACUGUAAGCAGCCCGAGACCCCGUCCCAUGCUAACGUAGGUGCUCUGGAUUUGCCCUCCCUGGGCUACACCUUGAUCUACUCUUGUCAGAGUGGGUUCUAUCUCACUGGAGGAUCUGAACAUCGGACUUGCAAAGCAGAUGGCAGCUGGACAGGAAAACCACCCAUUUGCCUUGCUGAUAUUCGACCUAGUGGAAGACCAGUUGGCACUGCUCGAGAUCCACCCCUUGCAAAAGUGUCAGUUCCUGCUGAUGUGUUUGCGAAGAAUUCCCUGUGGAAAGGCUCUUAUGAAUACAUGGGGAAGAAGCAGUCGGCGAUGCUCUCUGUCACCAGCUUCGAUCCUGCCACCAGUAAAGUCAAUGCCACCUUGAUAGAUCACAGUGGUGUGAAACUACAGGUGUCAGGUAUCUACAAGAGAGAAGAUGUCCACCUCCUGCUUCAGGUUUAUCAGAUAACAGGCCCGGUGGAAAACUUUGUUAACAAGUUCAAGAAUGAUAAAUGGGCUUUAGACGGGCACGUCUCAUCGGAGUCUUCAAGCGGCACCUUUGUGUACCAGGGCUUUGUACGCGGCGAAGGGUUUGGGCAGUUUGGCCUUCAGAGAUUUGACAUCAGCAUGAUUGAAAACGAUCCGGAAUCAAUAGGGCAUCAUUUUGCAUCAAACAGCAGCUCCGUGGCAGCCGCCAUUCUUGUGCCUUUCAUAGCCCUGAUUAUUGCAGGGUUUGUGCUUUAUCUCUACAAACACAGGAGAAGACCCAAAGUACCAUUCAACGGCUAUGCCGGCCAUGAAAACACCAACGUCCGAGCGACGUUUGAAAACCCCAUGUACGACCGGAACCUGCAGCCCACGGACAUCAUGGCCAACGAGGCAGAGUUCACAGUCAGCACCGUGUGCACGGCGGUAUAGCACCUGUCCCUUCGCACGAAUUGUCCAGGGGCAGGUGUCCUGUUGACGAUUGUGUGUCACCUCGCUAGUCUUCAUCCAUGACCACCCCUCUCCCAACCCUGGCUGUGGAGAAUUUUGCUGCUUUGUUGGACUGCUGAGUUACUUUGGGGAGAGACCAUGGGGCUGCCAUCCACCUUCACCUUCUUCCCCACCCACCACAUCUUGCAGCGGAUAAUCAAGCCAACCAAAGUGUCUCCUCCAGCGCAGCUUGGGAGAGCCUUUCCUUUCCCACCCUCUCGCCCGCUGAGCUGCUCCUGGCCGACUUCAAGAUCUUCUCUUUCGCUGCUCGGAUGCUGCCCAGCUGCAGACCUUUACAGAGCAAGGUGAUCUCCUGAAUCCAUCUCUGACCCGCUGCUUGUUCCAGUUAAAGCCUGACGAGGUCUUUCGUAGCGGAGAGCAGUGCCAGGUGUGUCGCAGGCUGCUCGUGUCAAACCAGCACUUUGGGGAUGAGCGCAGAAGGCAGAGGGGCCGACGCGGGUGGCACUGAACUAAAAGCCUCUGGGGUUUAACUGAAACAGCGGAGCUCUGCUCGCUUAAGUCUUAUUUUUCGUUGCAUGGUUGGCAAGAUUUUCAGUUUGUUUCCUCGCUCGGUUGUUAGAGAGAAGUGAAAUCUUUAAAGGUGCUGUUUGUUUUAUUUCCCCCAGCAGCUCUCUUGCUUUUCUUCUGCUGUACUUACUCAUUUCAACGUCCUUUCCUUGGAAAGCUCACAGGUCAUCUUGGGACCAAUACGUUACCAGUCUCUGAACCGGUGGCUGCCUUUCUCUCUCUCUGCCCCCCUCUCCCAGCAGCUGGCCAUUGCUCACCUCAGGCAGCAACUUCCACAAGCAUCUGAAAGAAGGGAGAUAUGGAGGCCAGGCGGGGAGGGGAAAGUAGGCAAAAGUCUUUAGAAAUAACCCCUCCGACACCGAUCAUUUUCCCCCUAGUGAGCUCAAAAAGCCUUUGCCCUUUCCAUAUUGAUCCUCCAAAUGGCAAUGCAAUAAAAGUUUUAAUUUUUCUACCAAGCUGCUCACUAUAUUUCCCGGGGGCUGAAAGGUUGGUUUCACCUUAAUGAGAGCAGAUAAGGCCGCUUGACAUUUUUUGUCCCCUUAAAAGAAUGAUGCCUUUGCGAUGAUACUAACCCGCUCUAAUAAAGGGAAAAGCUUCCUUUGUUGAUUUAGGAUUUAAUUCUGUUUGCUCUGAGCAGCUCACUCGCAGACAGGGCUGGAGUAGGAGAAGGCAACUGUGCCGUUGUAUCAUGUCAGGAGCCAGGUGCAUCCGAAAUGCAGCAGGCUUCGACCGGUAUUUGUGGAACGAAGCGGCUUUUUGUUCCUUAAGAUUUAAAGGGGAAACAAAAACUGGAAAAGGAAAAACACAUAACAAAAAAACCACCAUGUGAUUUGCAGGUUUGUUUGCAGAUGGCUGCUUUUCCCAGCCUCAUAUUGGCUUAAGUUUUGUCUAAUUACAACUAUGAGCUAAUUCUUUUGCCUUUGCUUUUCCCUGUGACUGUAGAUGUACAUAUUUUGAUUUCUAUCUGUUGUUCAGACAGCUGUCUUACACUCAGCAGCGUCCUACAGCCUGUUUGCUGCGCAGCCAGCCUGCUAAAAAAUGCCACAUCCACUCCCCAGAUGAGAAACGAUGCAUCCCGACAGAGCUGAGGGGCGCAGGCAGGUGUGUAUACAAAACCAAGACUUUCAUCCUCCAGCUAGCAGGAAGGGACCACGCACACCAUACUCAUUUCCAAAUUUGUGGUGGUGGUACCCUGCUGACUGCAGCAUGGCACUAGUACCAGCCCAGGCCACAUCAGGGUCACUGUCAAGGUCUAGCCGGGGGGCGAGAGAAGUUCCCCUUCUCCAUAUGGCUUGAAGUGCGUGAGGGUAAGUUCCUCUCCCCUUGGAGCCAGAGGGGAUCUGGGUCCCAGAGCAAGCCAGUAUUGACAAAAUACAUCAGAAAAGGCUCCCUUGGCACAUGAGCAAGGUGUUGCACCCUUCCCCAUCAUAGUCCCAGGGCCAGCUGCCUCCCUCCUAGUUACCUGUCACUCUGGAACAACUCCUGUGAAGUUCAGGGAGUUGUAUCCAGUUUGCACAGAUGCAACCAAGAGCAGGGGUGGUGCCUGGAUUUUUGCUUUGCCUGGAAAUGGGCAACUGGCUUCUGCCUUCAAGCUUGAAGCCCAGUCUCCAGCCCCUUUCUAGUUCUCCUGGGACCAAAGGAGAGCCCUGCCUCCUUGCACCAGCCGCCUUCCCGUUCCCACCUGGAGUCCCCAAAUACAGCAGGAGGACUGGACUCCUCUGCUAGGAAGAAGAUUUAGGACAGAGCGAGGUGGUACUCUUUUGCACUCAAGUCUCUAUACCGUUCUGGCAGCCGUCUUUGCCUUAACACGUGCCGUUAAGCCACAGCUAUUCAAAACCUCACAGGACUGGAGCUCAGCUCCUUUUCUUCUCAGCGUCUCGCCCCCACUGCGACUUGAGCUAAAAGAGGAUCUUUGCCCGCUGCAAAUAAUAGUUUGACACCCCCAAGUGUUCAGGUUGUACCCAGCAGAGGGCAGCACCGCACGCACACGCAAAGCUCGACUCGUUAAAUAAUUAGGGAUCCUACAUCCUACUUUUCGACCUUCCUGAAUCUCAUGCAAAUUAACGCAAUAGCACCAGGUCCGCAUGUGUGUUAGAGAGAGAGAAACUGUGCGUUUACGUGAGUGGAGGUGUAUAAAAUGCACCCAGUUUCUUUUACUUGCAAAGCAAAAUGAACCGUGGCUUUAUUUAAACAUUUGCUGCUUUCGACCAAUUACAUACCACUUUCCCUUGUUGCUCGGACAGCAGAAAAAGGGUGGCAUCGCCCCAUUUUUUUUGCAAGCUGGCCAGGUCACAAGCCGCGACUUCUCAUUCUUGUGCUCAUCGAACUUGCAUUGUGUUUAAAAAAGAAAAAAAAGAGAGGGAAAAAAAAAAAAAAGAAAAAAGAACAAAAAUUAAUAAAAACUAGAAAAGAGAAAACCCAACCUUUUGUACAGAGAUAUAUUUUUAUGAAGCAAAAGUUUGUACAGUUAAAAAAAAAAAAAUAAUAAAAAAGACACAAUGUAAAUUUUUUUUUCAUUAUUGUAGUAAAGAGUAGUGGAAGAUCAGCUUUUUUUUUUUUGUAAAUGUAAUAAAAUGUAUAAAUAUGGUUUACAUAAAACUUGUAAAUAUGUAAUCUAUACAUACACUCGGCUUGUCUGCAGUAUAUACAAUUUAAUUUAUCUGUCUCUGUAUAUGAGGCUCCUCAUUGUGUCCGGGCAUACUUUACGGAAUUUGAAAGCUAUUUUAAAUUUUUGAAUUAAAAUAAAAUAUAAAUUUUUGCA